AUGUCCGUCCAACUCGUAACAGUCCCCAAUGUUCUCAACUUGCCCUGGGCGCUCCAGCGCGUGUUGGCCUCUGAGGUGCCCCUGUGCCCCAUCACAGCGCGUGCUGGAGUGGGUCUCUGCGCAUCUGGUUCAGGAAAGGGCGGCCCAGGCCCAGAGCCCAAGCCCCAGCCCGAGCGCAAUCUCUCUGUAUUUCCGCGUCUCUUGCAUUCCCAUCGUUUCUUCACAUUCAAGCCGUCUCACAUCUCACCAGCACAACUCUGCAGCAUCCUUUCCAACGCCGCCGGUUCUGCCCUUCUUCCGCGUUGUUCGCAACCCCUAUUGUUAUAUCGUCGAAUCUGUCUCCAACCGCCGCUGCCGCCUUCUUCACCAGAUGACCGCCUAAAUCGCUUCUUCGAUCCUCCGCCUCGUCUCCCUCUCGCAGGUCCAGUCCAACUUUAUCAACUUGUCAAUUUAGCAUUCCGCACUGCCAAGACGAUAUAUAGCACCUGCAAUCUGCGCCACUGCAUUAUCGAAAGCACCAGCCAACAGGCCAUCUAUCCCCGCGUACGAACAGCAGGCCACUGCCUCAGCCAAUCCAUCACCGUGUCCGACUCUCAGAAGCCUCCCACAGCCACAACCGGGCCGUCGCCGUCCUCCGCCGUCAACGUGAGUCGCCGCGCACCGUCGACCACUGCCACCGGCGAGCCCGCAACCGAUCGCGCAGCCACGGCCACGACGACCGACGCACGCGUCGAACCAGAGGAGUUGGUGGACGUCGACGCGGACAUUGCGGCCACAGCUACAUUGCCUUUGCCGUUGCUUCCGCCUCGGUACCCGUCACCGCCCGUGGGUCACCUCGGCGCCGCACCGUCUUCGUCUUCUUCGUCGACCCAGCCGCCCUCGUUCAGCUCCCUCUACCCGCCGCCACCACCUGGCCUCGCCUUUCAGGAGGAAACCAAGCGUGUCCUCCCAUCCGACCCGAAGCGGGAAGGUGAAUCCUCGCGUGGCACCAGCAGCAACAGCAGCAGCAACAACAAGAGCGCGGACUCUGAACCGCCGCCAGCCUACUCCGAAGAACCCAUCCCCCUCCCCUAUUUCACAUAUCUAAUGGCGGCCGCCGGAGGUGCGUCGAGCAUCAUCACGCAGGUGCAGCAAGGCGGGCCACCCAUCAACAACCUGAGCACUCGAGAGAUCGUCCAGACAACUAACCUCAUAUCAGGCGAUGUCGGCCUCGACGAGACGAUUGCGAUGGACCUGCGGGGCACGCGCUUCGUCCUGUCCAGGGACGAGCUGCUGACCCUGCCCGAGUUCGUCCUGCUGUCGCUGUUCCCCAACGGCCUGUUCCCGGAGGGCCACAUGGGCGGUUUUAACGAAAACGACGCCAUCCAGGUCGAUUACGACCCUGCAUCGCUGCAAUACAUGCUCGACUUCUUCCGCGGCGUCGCCCAAUCCAUUCCAUCCGACGCAUCGCCCAGUCCGGAGGGCGACGUCGGCGGCAUCGACCCCAUGGGCAACAGCAAGGACGACGCUUCCAAGCGCGCCGGUAUCAUCGUCUUGCGCGAGGACCUCGACUUUUACGCCAUCCCGCCCCGUUCUGGCUUGCAGCAGGCCGAGAUGAUGGACGUCAAGCGCGCGGCCGCCCGCGCCCUGCUCGCGCAGAACGGCAUCUUCUCCGGCCUCAAACGCAGCGACGAGCCGGGCACCACCGAAGCCCAUCUGAUCGAGAUGCUGACGGCGGGCGGCUUCGACCACGACGACGCCUGGGGCCACCGGGCCGGCGAGCCCAACAAGGCCGUCAUCUGCAGCCUGGCGCUGGCGCGGCUGCGGUCCGACAUCCGCGGCAACGAAAUGAGCAGCAACGCCGUCGGCAUGGCCCAGAAGCUGCUGCUGUUCUGGCGCAAGCCGGCGCGGCGGUGCUGGUGGGAGGGCGUGCAGCUCGACAACGUCGAGGGCGUCGAGGGUCCGCUCAAGGUCUGGAUCCGGCGGGUCUGGACCCUGGAGAUGAGCGUCAUCGGCCUUCGCUGA